AUAUAUGUGUGUGCGCGCGCUACAGUUGACGUAAUGCACGGUACAGUUCGGUACUAAGAGACAAUGAAGCCGAAAUACGGCGAAGAAACUCGUGGAGCACUUUCAGCACGUGUGCGGUGCUGACGAUGAAAGGCAAGUGGGCUGUAGAUAAAACACGCGCGCUUAGAAAAAAAAAUUAAACUCAUGGCCACGGAAUGCGUGCGCGCUGUUUCCUUUCUGAAGCGCGUGCAAAAAGCGGGACUCCCGCUUCGCGUUGGACUUCUGCGGGAAUCACGCGCUGUCUUGGUUUGCGCGCAUGUGCAGUCAGUCGCGUGUAUUUCAGCUCCAUACAAGCCACCAUUGGUGAGUUUGGGUUCUUCGUCGAAGUUGUCCAGCUUUGCGCAGCUCGCACGUCUGGCCGAGGGGGCGUGGUCCAGCGGGAAAGUGACGUCAAUGCACACCCUCUAAAGCUUCAAAAUACAGCCGAUUCCACUGUAUUUUUUUUAAUACGUUUCUGCCCACAGGACUGCUGUUGCCUGGCUGGAUUGAGCUUGUCGUCUUUUAUCAACACAGCAGUAACAUCAAAGACAAAUGAAUAGCAACUGAUGGACUACUUUCAAUAAUUACAAACUUAAAUGUUAUGUGACUACAACUUACCUGUUUGCACAAAGACCCUGCACCAGGAUGCCUAGCAAACAAAGUCUGGCUCUAGGGUGAAAGAAUCAGACUGCCCUUUACAGGAUUGACUGUGGCUUUAAUAUUGCUUACACCAUGAAGGGUGAAGGAACUGAACUGACAUUGGAAAAGGAGAGAUUGCCAGGAAAUGCUUGUCUAGUCUCCACUCCACACUCAGUGUCUGUGGUUUUGAAGCCUGGCGAAAUUGAUGAGUGUUGCAACAACCAAGCAAACCAGCGAGUUACCUUGUCCCCUAUUACACUUACUCAAAGCUCUACCCAGGAAAGUCACACAAGCCGGGACAUUAAAGCUACUCUGGAGAAUGAAUCGGUUUGGAGUCGGUUUCACAGCUUGGGCACAGAGAUGAUCCUCACAAAGCAAGGCCGGCGCAUGUUCCCUUGCUGUCGCUUUAGACUGAGUGGAUUAGAUCCACAAAGGAAGUACUUUCUGGUUAUGGAAAUCAUGUCUUUAGAUGAUUUUACCCACAAAUGGAAUGGAAAGACAUGGGAGCCUGUUGCAGUGGAUGAGCCGCAUGUGCGGGGACAGAUUUGUGUUCAUCCAGAGUCCCCAGCCCUGGGCCAACAGUGGAUGGAUAGCCCUGUAUCCUUUUACAAGGUGAAGCUAAGCAAUGACUCCUUGGACCAAGAGGGCUGCGUGCUUUUGCGUCCAAUGCACCGCUACCUACCGCGACUGCAUAUUGUUCCUGUGGAUCCAGAUUCAGAAAGGACUAUUGCACUUGAUGGUCCAAAUGUUAAGUUAUUCAGCUUCCCCCAAACGGAGUUUUAUGCAGUCACCAGCUACCAGAACCCCCAGAUCACUCAGCUUAAAAUUGACUGUAACCCUUUUGCAAUGGCCUUCAGAGAAGACACCCCGAGCAUUCGUCUGCUGCAAGACAAACUCAGGCUCUGCUCUUCUGCUGGUACACACUUCCGAUCUCCUCUUCUAAGUUUGGCCCAGAAUGUAAGUGGAAAGCAGAAAGAGGGUGCAGUAAAGAGCAAAACCCCAACCUGCAUUCAAGACAACAGAAGAAAGGUUGUUUAUCCAGGAUCAGCAUCUCUUAAAGAAGGAGAGGGGAUCUUUACUAAAAUGAGAAUUGCCAAUUUCAGUUGCCCAACUGAUAUGGCUUUGUGCCAAGAGAAUACUGAUAACAGUGAGAAUGAUGGAGGAAAUGAAGCUGUUGUGAAUAAAUGUCCUCUGGAACCUGUGCUGGAUGAGCAUGUAGCACCUUUGGAUUUUGAACCAAGUGUAACUGAGUCUUUAGAAGAACCCUUGCCAAGCACUGAUGAACCAGUUCCUCAGUUAAGCAGCACUGAAAAUCCGAGAUCUUCGGAGGCUUCUAAGGAUGCUGUUAAGUCUCAAAUAAUCUGCGCAAACAGUGACUCGCCUACGAAAUCAUCCAUGGCUACUCCGAGUCCUCAGACUCGGGGAGAAAUAGAGUCUGGUGCUGUUUCCCUGCCCAGACCACCUUUCCUUGAUGGUAGUCAAGUACACGAGCAUAAACCAGGACAUAGAUGUAAUCGAAGGAGCAGGAAAGCUAAAUCUAAAAGGUGGUCUAAUGCAAAGUAUGCAAAAUCCCCUCCUGCGGUUGUGCCGCUUAAUGUUCCUUUGCAACCAGACCUUGAAGAUGUGGAGGGAAUGUUGUUUGUAUCUUUUGUCGCAAAGGAAGCCUUAAAUAUUCCUGUUGAAAACAUAAAAGAAAGUGAAACAUCUGUGCCUCCACCAUCUCCAACACAUGACCAGUCAGAUAAUCAUGAUGCUGAAGAUGUCAGUCUUUCUAUAGAGGAAAGGAUCGCCAAAUUGGAGAACAUUUUACUCCUUCAUCUAAAACAGCAAAAGUACAGACAGGUCAUUCACCCACGCCUACAAGACGUUGGCAUGAAGUUGAGCCUUUUGGAUCCAAAGUUACCUAUAGACUUGCAGUACCUUGGUGUGCACUUGCCCCAUCCCCCACCUAUUCACGAGGGUUCGGAUAAAAUGAAUCCCACGAGCCUGUCGUCUUCUCCUGAUGCAGCUGGAUUUUUUGUGUCACGGACUGGGAAGACUAAUGAUCCCACAAAGAUAAAAGGGUGGAGAGAGAAAUUUAAGACCAACACAGUACAGAAUGCACCUGAAGGCCUGAAAAACAGUUCAGCAUUCUGUAGUGAAAUGCUGGAUGCAUAUCUUGAAAACGAGGCCCAGCAGAUCAGCGAUCGUGUUGCUGUGUUUUCCAAAUGCUCUGCGUUGCCAGUAUCAUACCAGCUACCUUCGAAGAGCAGCAGUUAUGUAGUUACCCUGGAUAGUUUACUCAAGACUAGAUCUAUUUCAUCAAGCAAGGUCUGCACUAAACCGACGGACAAAAUCCAGCCCGUAUCUUCACCUAGAAGAUCUCCAAGCUCUGCUGUACCUUUGUCUCCAGUAGGAUUUCAAAAGAAAAGGAGAACAUUUGCACAUCCGUUUCAAUCGCAUCGACAUACAGUUCAAGCCAACAGAUCCAUGAGCUUUGUUUCUAGACGUGGACUGAAGAAACAACCUGGCAAGUCUCAACUGAGAUGGAUCCCUGUAAAAGUAAAAGAUCAGAUGAUGCUUGAAGAGAUGGAGAAAGAGGCAAUCUUUCAUGGUAAAGUUCGUACACACAUCACUACUAUGAGAGCAAAAUUUGCUCUUACUUCUCUGCUUAAUUUCCAGAAAUCGGGUAAAAGGCCUGGGUUCCCCAUGCACCAUAAAGCUGCAAAUGCAUGUUCUGAGGAUUUCUGUCGUUUGGGCUGCAUGUGUGAUAGCUUGGACAGGGAAAUCCGAGGGCCUACACACUGUCGGAGAGUUGAGUGCAUGUUUGACUGCAACUGUUUCAAGCACAAAGUUCUUCUGCUCCACCCUCCAAAAGAGGCAGCAAAUGUUCUGCGAGGCAGGAAGAGAUCAGUACUGGCUUUUCCUAUAGCAGACCCAGAGAGGGAACCCAGACCACCACCUGCACCGAGUAUCACAACCUUAUGGAAAAGGGCUACAGGAGAACAUGACCCUGAGCCAUUAUUUGUUCCUGCGCCUCCGAUUUCUUCUAAAAACCUGUCUCGUUUGCAUACCAGUCUUACCCAUUCCACUAGUCAGGUGCCGGAGGAAGAUAAAGAUCCCGUUUAUCUGUAUUUUGAGAGUAUGAUGACAUGUGCUCGUGUGAGAGAGUACAACAGUAAUCCACCACCUCAGAUACACAUGUUCCCUACCAAAAAAGAAAUGACAGGACCUGAACAGCUUAAUGAAGUAGCUGAAGCCGGUGAACCACCUUCUUCUCAAAAAACACCAGAAACAAAUCCCACAGAGACUCUGAUAAAGCCAAGUGAGCCUCAGCCCACUAAAAUGCUGGAAAUCCUGUCUGAGUGCAACUGGGAGCCUCAUCGGAAUUUGGUGCUGAGCGCACUGUUCCGGCGCAUGAACCGCAACCUCCUCUCUGAACCUUUCUGCUUUGGCAUGUACAAAAUACAGCUACUUUCUACUACCACCAAACGAGUAAACAGGUCCUCUACAGUUACUUACAAAGUGUGCAUCUCCCGGGCGGAUGAAAAAGAGAUGACCGAAGACUUGCUGCCGCCAGUGAAGAAGUCCUCGAGAAACCAAAGUUUAAAAGGUUUUGUGACCAAACUUCCGAAAACCGAUGAAACACAAGCUCAGAAAGCAGCCGCUGACACUGACUCUGUGCAAAAGAGUAGUGGCUUGGUGGAAAAGAAACAAAAAAAGCUACCCAGUAAGAGACUGUUAAGGGCUUGGCCCUUCUUCACACAUGCUGCUCCUGUUGGUUGUCUCAAGGCAGAUAAAAAGAAACCAGGAAGCCAUACACAAGGUCAAAUUAAGGUAAAUGGCAAAACAUACACUCAAGCAAAACUCCUGCUGGGCCAACUGGGAGCAUUACAUCCAGUGAAUCGCGUUGCAGCUUUCAUCACUGGCAGGCUACUGUCUACACUUCGAGAUCAACCUAAAAUUGAAUAUAUUAUCAACAGAGCUUGUCCUCCCAAAGUGGCAAAUGUUUCAAAUCAAACUCCUUCAAGUCUUGCUGCAGCCAGACCUCCUUUAGCCGGUGCGCCCGAACCGAGCACCGCUUCCAAAGACAGAAGAUCAAACAUAAGUCCCUCGAAUGCCCUUUCAAAACAUGUGGGCCCAGACCUUUGCAAAUCCCCCACUGUGCCUGAUGGCACCAGAUUUCUUCUUGUGUCAUUAACACCUUCCAACUCUGCAGCUGUUCCUUCAGCAGAAACUGUUACUAGUUCCACCCUCCCACCUGGCCAACAAGUGGUUCUGCAGGCUGCACCAGGAAUGCAAGGGUCGAACUUUUUGUGUCAGUACAAUGGCCAAAUGAUCCAACUCCAGCCCAUCAGCCCUGGGCCUCUUGUUCAGCCACCACCCGGUUCUGCCAUUGAAGGUGCCACUUCAAAGGUUAUGCAAUCAGCUUAUAAUUCUUCUCUGCCAGCAGACACCAGAUCUCUUCAGAAGCCUUUAAACUCUACUCCGCUUACAACAGUGUUACCCAAGCCUUUCCCAGUCAUCGCACCCAAAGUGUUUUCUCUGUCAGCAAAGAGUGGCAUGAACAUUGCCAAUGGCAUGCCAGCGUUUCAUUUACACUCAAGUUUCCCGGGUAAAACAGGGACAUUCUCUUUCCGAAUAUGUCCCCCUAAUAGUGAGGGGAAGCCUGUAGGAUCUGAGCAUGGUGAUAAGCCUCUUGAACCCUCCGUUGACAGUCCUUCUACUUUGGUGCUUCCUGGAGGUUUCACCUUGAUAAAACUCGUUCACCCUGCUGUGCCAGCUGUUCCUGCAAAUGUCACUUCAGCUGCUUCUCAUCCUGCCGAAAUCCCACAGAAUGAUGAAAACAUGAAAAAAUCUCUCUUACAGAGUGGCUCCCCGAGUCUUGAACAAAACAGUCAGGUCUCAGACAGCAUGACAAAACCACUUACUUCCGAAACAUCAAAUUGUAACUCUGUACAGGGGGCUACAGCUGGCUUAAGCCAGAGCAACCAUGGCUUUCCCUCAGAAGGUGUUAUUAAAGAUGAGCCUGUGGAACACUUCUCUGAGUCAGUAAAUACAGUGAGUCUAGGCAAGUAUGAUUGGGUACCUGAAGGUGCUGAGAUUGUACACAAAAGUGAUGUCAUUGAUUCGGAACCUAACGAAGCGGAUGAUUGGCCACCCAACGGAGCAGAGCGAAUUUUGUGGAUAGACUCUGCUGAUGAAGAGGAGACUGAAGAUUUGAAUAAAGAGCUGAACAAGAAUUCGGAUGUUGCUGCUGGAAGCCAAGCUGCAGAGGAAGCCAGUGAGUCAACAACAGGAACUGUUAAAGCUGACUUUAGUAGCAGUAAUGAAUGUCUUUAUGAAGAUAAACUCCACUUUAAUGUAAAACAGACUCCAAAACCCCCCCACGUACAUGAAAAUGGUUUGCUACCUGAAGAAGAUGCAUGUUCUGAAAGCUCUCAUGCCCAUGAACAUCUGAAGUCUAGCAUGCCAAAUAAUGACCCAGGAAAAGUCUGUGAUCCAUUCGUGAAUGAAGCUAUCUCCAACACUGCAAAUAUCAGUCAAAUUGAGCCACCUCGGAUAUCCUUUGGCUCCCCUAAUAUCAGAGAACAAGUUAUGGUUCAAGAAAAUUGCCCCCUUGUUCUCAUUAAAAGUGAGCCAUAUGACAAACCAACAGAGAUAGACUUGGUUGGUAAUGAGCCUGACAUCAAGAACCAAGGCCUUCUACCUGAAAAUAGCACUGUACGCAUCAGUAAAAUAGAAAGUUACAACAGUCAAGCAGGGGAGAAUACACUUCUUGAUAACUUUCUUAUCAGGGAACAAAGGCUUGGCUCUGCUAAUAAUUACGGUGUUUCUAUUAAAAUAGAAUCAUGCAGUGACUCAUCCAGGACAGACUCCUCCUUCAUGGAUGAUGUCGCUAAAGAGCAUAUUGGCUCAGAGAAUAUUUUACCACCGAUCAAUAAAGAAGAGCCCAAUACGUAUCAAACAGUGUCCGGCUUUUCCAGUGACCCGAGUAAGCAAGGUUUGGGUUCAGAAAAUAUUUCUCAAAUCCUUAAUUAUAAGGAAUUUUGUAAUUAUCCAGCGAAACCCAACACUAUAGCUUCACUGCAUGCUGAAGACAGUCAUGAGAAUAUUGACGUUGCUAGUAAUGCUUCAUGCGCUUUACUGAAUAGUCAGACACCUGUGAUGAACUCUCCACCUACAGCACAUCUGCUAAACACGGCCUCCUUGUGUCAGAAAACCGGCCUGAAAAACAUUUCACCCUUUUCUCAUAAUGUCCAUAAAUCAUCCCCAUGCCAAUCAGAUGAUUUUGGCAACCUGUCAGACAAUUGUACUAAGACAUUCAAAAGAAAUAAGCAGGAUUUAAGAGAGGGAAAAGAUGAAGCGGAGCAUAGGAGCAAUCGGCUGAAGACGGCAGUAGGAGAGCUGUGUGACGAAGAAAUUACCGUGGAUGUGGUGAACUUGAGUGAAGAGGAAGAUCAAAGUGACGAGUCUGACCGAGAUGAGGACAGUUCAAGUGAUUAUGGUGAGGAUGACUCAAAUAGUGAUGAAGAGGAGUCCAGUAAUAAUUCCACUAGUGACACUGAAACAACAGAUGAUGGUGCGGACAUAUCUAAUGAAGACGACGUUGACGUUGAGUCGUUUGAGGACAAUGAUGGAAAAUGGAUUAUAGACAUGAUAAAAGAUGAAACCAGGCAUAAAUUGAAUGCAAAGAGAGCAGCUAAAUUGAGAAAAAAGGUUAAGCACCUUGCGAGCAUUAUUGGCACAGCAGGAUCUGUGCCAAUGCAGGAGCUAGAAAAACGUUUAAAUCACACUGAAAAAGAGCGUGUUCGCCGAGAUGAAAUGCGUCAGUACUUUGUUGCGCUGAAAAAAGCACUGAAUGUUGAUGAACGAGUCAGACUGUGCAGGCACGAUAUUCUCAAUCAGGCUCGACUUAUGAUUCAGGCUCUCGAGGACCGGAGCCAUUGCUUAGAGGAGAAGAAAAAAGCCUUAUUUCAGAGACGGUCUGCUUUUCUCAACAAGAUUGUAGAAUUAUCUGAAAAGACAGAGCUUGGAGACAAGGCAAGUUCUGGGGAAAACCAUGAACAGCAAAAGCAGUUUGGGUCCCAAAACAUUCUGCAAACCUCAGUUCCAGGUCCUGUAGUAAACCUUCGACGGCUAGACAGUGAAGGCAACAGACUCCCACCUCGUCUUGGACGCUGGAAAGCCCCUAAUUAUAUACGUAAAAGAUCCAAAAAGGCCUUACGACAGCCUUCAGCGGCUGCGGAUGAGAGUUUAGACUCGCAUUUAAGUCCUGACUCACCAGGCAAGCACACUGUGAGCGGACUCUUGCCCCCGGUUAAAACAGAGGACCUAGUUCGGACACUUAUUGAACAGAACCUCACUGGUCUACCUCCAGUAUGCAAAACCCUUCUACAGAAAAGUCUCUCAACAGAGCCCAAGUCAACAGAAAAGCGUUCAUUGCCGAAGAUUGUGUUGCAGUCCUUUGGCAAGACUGAUGCUGUAAAGCUCAAAUAUGACAUAAGGACAUCUCUACCAAAUUCUACUGAAGUCUGUAACUCUACUGAACUGUUAAAGGAUGGUAAUUUGGAUCUACAAGACCAAAACAAAGGAAUGGAAAAAUGCGAUGCAGCAAGAGUCUCUAAUGGGAUGGAGAAAACUCUAGUGUCCGAGCACUCGAACAAUGAGAGCCUGACUCCAUCCUCAGCAGUCACUGAGAGUGGUUUCCAAAAUGACACUGCAGCGGUGGUGAAAGGGAGGAAAAGAAGAGGAAACUCUGAUGUGGUCAUAGGGGAGGCCUUACCCAACACUGAUGUCUUACAACCCAUGCAGCUAAGGAAAAGAUCUCCUGCAGUUAAUGGAGGGGCCACAAGGGGAGGCUCAACAAAUAAAAGAAGGAGGAUUAUUUAGAUGUGUUGUAGUGACUAGUAUUCCAGCUUCAUACUUUUGUCUGCUAUAAGAAUGCAGCUUUGAUUUUUUUUUUUUUUAUUCCCUUUUUGAUUUCCGAGGCUACAGAUGAUUUGAAAGAAACUGUAGUUCUCUGAAUUUCUUCAUGUGUACCUGCACAGAAAUCAAGGAUACAGGGGAGGACAGCUAUCCCUCGGAUUUGAUGGAUGCAUACGUUCUUAGAAGUGACUGCUUUUUCCUUGUUUUUUGGGGUUUUUUUUUGCCUCUUCAGGGUACUGCAGAUACAGUAUACACUUGAGCCCAACCUGAGGAUUGUCAAGAAUACAGUAACAUUUGAAUGAAGCAUUAAAUUAAUGUAUGGAUAUUACCCAUUAUCAUUUCCUGGGAGACCCACAUUGGGGAAAGUUACGAAUAUGCUUUUUAUUUUGGUAUAUUCAUUUUACGUAGCUGUUCAUGACUCAUAUUUUGCUAAUAAGGGUUUCACAUUUAAGCAAGGAAUGAAUUCACUAAUUGUAUGCCUCCUACAUACCUUUUUCAAUCAUGGUUUUUUUUUUUUUUUUACUGAUUAUUCUGUAGGGUCUAAUGAAUUACUGCUAAAUAUCUUUGGCAGUAUAAAUGCCUCAUGGUCAGUGGAUUGUGAGGAAUAACUGCUGUCUUCAGUAACGCAUAUAAUUGUGGAAUAUAAUUAUGUAAAAUGUCUCAUUAAAUAUAUGCCAAUUUUUUAUGAAAGCGUA